CUCUCUCUCUCUCUCUGCUACGAACAUGACAAGCUUUCAAGGGCGCUCUUCUUCCUCUUCUUUCGCCCUCACCCCUCCAUGGAUUUACGAUGUCUUCGUAAGUUUUCGAGCCAAAGAAACCUGCAACGCCUUUACUGCCCAUCUCUACAACGCUUUGCUUCAAAGAGGCCUCAACCCCUUCGCAGACGACCAGCUCAGAAGGGGAGAAGAAAUUUCGCCGGCGCUUCUCAGAGCCAUCGAAGACUCGAGGGUUUCGAUCGUCGUGCUCUCUCAGAACUACGCGUCUUCCGCGUUGUGCUUGGAUGAGCUGGUAAAGAUCGUCGAGUGCAAGCAAAAAAACAAACAAUUGGUUCUGCCGGUGUUUUACGACGUAGAUCCGUCCGAUGUACGGCAUCAGAGGAAAAGCUUUGAAAAAGCGCUGGCUAAGCUUGAAGAGAGGUUCGCCGAUGACGUGAAGAUGCUCAGGUGGAGGCAAGCCCUCAAGGAAGUCGCCAAUUUGUCUGGAUGGCCAAUUGGAAAAAGGAAUGGAUCUAAAUUUAUCCUUGAAAUUGUUCAAGUGGUCUCAAGAAUAGUAAAUCGUACAUACUUAAACGUUGCCAAGUAUCCAGUUGGAAUAGACUCUCGUGUACGGGAUAUCAAUUUGUUGUUAAGUCUUGGGAGGAAUGACAUUACAAGCAUGGUGGGGAUUCUUGGAGUUGGCGGAAUUGGGAAGACGACUAUUGCCAAAGAGAUCUAUAACUUGAUUGCUUAUCAGUUUGAAGGUAGUUGUUUUCUUGCAAAUGUUAGAGAAAUUGCAAAGCGAGAGUACGGUUUGGUCCAACUACAAGAGACACUUCUUUCUGAGAUUCUAGGAGACUCUAGAAGUUUGAAGGUUGGCAAUGUUGAUCGAGGAAUCAAUGUGAUAAAGUAUAGGCUUUGUUCUAAAAGGGUUCUUUUAAUUCUUGAUGAUGUGGAUCAAUCGAUCCAAUUAGAAACAUUAGCUGGGGAACUAAAUUGGGUUGGUUUAGGAAGUAGAAUCAUCAUAACAACUAGAGAUGAAAAAUUGCUAACUAAUCCUCCUGUUGAAUUAAUGUAUAAGGUGAAAGAAUUGGAUCACAACGAAGCUCUUCAACUCUUUUGUUGGAAUGCCUUCAAAAGAGACAAACCUUUUGACGAUUAUGUGGAACUCACAGAACGUAUAAUACAUUAUGCGAGAGGCCUUCCACUGGCUUUGACUGUGCUAGGUUCAGAUCUACAUGGUAGAAGCAUAAAUGAAUGGAAAAGUGCAUUGGAUAAGUACAAAAGAAGUCCUAACAAAAGUAUUCAAGAAAUACUUAUAAUAAGUUAUGAUGGAUUGGAUGAUAAUGAAAAGGAUAUUUUCCUUGAUAUUGCAUGUUUCUUCAAAGGAAAGCCUGCGCAUUAUGUCAUCAAAAUAUUAGACGGUUGUGGUUUCUCCUCGGUUAUUGGUAUCAAAGUGCUUAUGGAGAAGUCUCUUAUAACUAUUGAUAAGCCUAACAAAUUUGUAAUGCAUGACUUGUUGCAAGAAAUGGGUAGAGAAAUUGUUCGACAAGAAUCACCUGAAGAACCUGGAGAACGGAGUAGGUUGUGGUUUCAUGAAGAUGUUUGUCAUGUAUUGGAAGAACAUACAGGAACAAAUAAAAUUGAAGGGAUAUUGGUAGAUUUGCCUGAACGACGCAUGAUACGCAUGAGUUCCAAAGCCUUCAUGAAGAUGAAAAGGCUCAGAUUGUUUAUAAACCAAAAUGCACACUUUUCUGAAGGGCCUAAUUAUCUCUCUAAUGAAUUAAGAUUGCUUGAUUGGCCUGAAUAUCCUUUACAAUCUUUGCCAUCCAAUUUUCAAGGACAAAAGCUCAUUAUUUUUAGAAUGCGUAAUAGCCUCUUCAAGGAAUUGGAGGAAAGGUUCAAGAAUUUCCAAAACUUGACAGCUAUGGAUGUCUCAAGUUGUCAAUUCCUAACAAAAAUUCCUGAUCUUUCAAGGAUCCCAAAUUUAGAAGAAUUGACUCUUGAUAACUGUACAAGUUUAGCUGAGGUUCAUCACUCUGUCGGAUUACUUGAUAAGCUUGUCAUUUUGAGACUUGUAGGAUGCUCUAACCUUACAAGCUUUCCAAAAACGUUGAAGUUGAGAUCUCUGGAAAAUCUUAUGCUUGAAGAUUGCAUAAGGCUUCAGAACUUUCCUGAAAUUGAUUGUAAAAUGGAAAGGUUAGGAUACAUUGGCCUAAAAUGCACUCCUAUAAAAGAAUUGCCUUCAUCUGUUGGGUAUGCCAUUGGGCUUCAUGAGUUAAAUCUUGAAGGUUGCGAAAACCUUAUGAAUCUCCCAAGUACCAUUCAUCAGUUGCAACGUCUAAGGAGACUUUCUCUUAGAGAUUGUUCAAAACUUGUCAAAUUUCCACAGAAGGUGGGGGAUAACGGACUAUCCACGCCCUCUAUUGUGUCCACAAUGGAAUCUGAAAUUUUUUCAAGUGCAGAAUUAAUCUCUUUCCCACCUCCUAUGAAUUCACGCAUUUGUAAUGAUGGUUGUUCCUCAAGUGUAUUUCCGAGGCUGGGAACCUUGGAUCUUGGAAACUGUGCCCUAUCAGAAUCAGAUUUCUUUAUGACAAUUAAUUGCAUUUCCUCAUUAGAACAAUUAGAUCUAUCGGGGAGCGAUUUUGUUAGCAUUCCUGCAUUCAUCAAAAGAUUUGUUGGAUUGAGAAGCCUUAAAGUGGCAGAUUGCAAGCAACUUGAAGAAAUUUUGGAACUUCCACCAAAAAUAGAAGAUAUAUAUGCAAGUGGGUGCAUAUCAUUGGAAAGAUUUUUUGUAUUAUCAAAAGGAUUUCAAUUUGAUACAUUCCCAGGGCUUGAAUGGAUUGAUUUGUCCAGAUGCCAUAAAUUGCUUCAGAAUGUAGGGAAUGAUGUGGAAAAUCUUUUAUUGGAUGAGGGACGUUUUGAGGACCAUCAAUUUGGCAUUAUAUAUCCGGGAAAUAAGAUUCCAAAUUGGUUCUGCUAUCUUAAAGAGACUUCGAAUGAUAAUAAAUGCGAAAUAGAUAUUUACGAGCUUUCACAUUUGGAUGGGGAGAUCACAGGAAUUGCUAUGUGUGUUGUUAUUGGAAUAAAGGGUGGACAAAUAUCCGUUCAAGCUCUUUGUAGUGUUGAGAUCAUCAUCAAUGGUUUACCAAGGUAUAGUGACGAUAAAGCAUUUCAUUUAUCAGGCUCAGAUCAUGUGUGGUUUCUAUACCAUGUUCCUGAAUUUAAUGAGCUGAAGGGGGACAAUCUGCAAGUUAAGUUUUGGUCCUCCACAAGUUCAGUGUCCUUUAAAAGUUGUGGAGCACAUGUAGUACGCAGGUAUGAAGAGAAAGCAGAAGGGAAAGGUCAAAUGUUGAGUCCUCAGCAUGGAGGUGUGCUCCAUGAGAAUGUGGGUGUACUUAAUGAAAAUAUAGAACAUUCAGUGGAUUUAAUGGAUGGGAUUCAACAUACUAAAAGAUGCCACGAUGAUGAUUAUGAUGAUGAUGAUGGUGGUGGUAACUUUGAAUCCAAUUGGUACCCACGGCAUAAGAGGUUUGUUUCAACCUUGGGCAUCAGAAUUUCAGAUGCAGAGGAUACUGCCACUCUUAGUGAAUCACAACUACAUCAACCCAAUCACCCCACUGACACCAGCACUUAAAACCUACAAGCUUUUCCUCACUAUGGACCAAUAGUGCUUGAUCGCUCUUAUAGAUUUGGUGGGGUGCCAUAUGGGUUGCUCUUGGGCCCAAAGGAAGUACAAGAAGUUGGAGGGAAUGGAAGAGUUGGAAAGUGAAAUCCAACGAAGGAUCAAGCAAUCCGAAGGUUCUUAUCAUAGUCAAUUAUAGAAAUAGGAAUGUGAUGCAUGUAUAUCUGAAGCUAGGCGUUUGAGAGUCAAUGGAUAGGGAUCAUGGGGUCAAAACUAACUGCUUGCUAUUGCAAAGCUGCAGGCUUUACGAGAUAUUUUCGGUAUUGUUAGGAGGAAGCAGCAUUGAGGUGCUUUAUUUAGAAACAAACAGCCUCUAUGAGUCCCUGCUUUCUUUAAUGGUCUCAUUCACUCCCUUGUGCUGUGACUUUGGCUUUGGCAGGAAUGGCCUCUGCCUCUCCUAGAUCUCUGUUAAUCUGCUACUCAUCUUUCUUUAAGUGCCAUAGGUUGCAUAGAUUUUCCACCAAUCUCUACUUUUUUGGUACUCUUAAAUUUUUAAGGUAGCAGAUAUUGAAACUAAUCUUAAGUCCCUUUGUUAACUUCUUUUAUUGUAAUUACUAAUCAGUGAACAAUAAUAGCAUGAGGAAAUAUUCAUAAUU